AUGAGGCCAGUUUGCCCAUUUGUGAAAGCCGCUCGGCCAUCAGAGCCAACCAAGAAAGAGUCCUCAGCUGACACAGCUACAAUUUCCCCUAAAUGCCCCUUGGGUUACGAUUCUCAGACAUUCAAGCUUGGCCCUCUCAGCUGUAUGAUAUGCCACGCCCUUCUGUUCGACUCUGCCAAAUGCGCCCCUUGUUCUCACUCGUUCUGCAAAGCUUGUAUUUCAAGAUUCAAGGACUGUCCUUUGUGUGGAGCUGACAUUGAGAAGAUCGAAGCCGACACCAAUCUUCAGAAUUUGGUGGAUCGCUUUAUCGAAGGUCAUGCAAGAAUCAAGAGGUCUCAUAAUGCAGAGGAUAAACAAGAUUCAACCCCAGAAAGCAACAGCAAUGAUGAUAAUAAUAAUAGCAAGAGAGUUAUAUAUGAAGACGUGUCUUUGGAGAGAGGGGCUUUCUUGGUGCAGCAAGCCAUGAGGGCAUUCCGAGCCCAGAAUAUAGAAAGUGCCAAAUCAAGACUUAGUCUUUGUGCAGAAGACAUCAGAGGUCAGUUAGAAACUAUGGGUAACACGUCAGAGUUGUGUUCUCAGCUUGGAGCGGUUCUCGGAAUGCUUGGCGACUGCUGUCGGGCAACAGGAGAUGCUGGUUCAGCAGUCAGUUACUUUGAAGAGAGUGUUGAGUUUCUUUCAAAACUGCCCAGAAAUGAUCAGGAGAUAACACAUACACUUACUAUUUCACUUAAUAAAAUUGGAGAUCUUAAAUACUAUGAUGGAGACCUGAAAGCUGCGCGGUCUUACUACUUCCAGUCAUUGAAUGUUCGACGUGAUGUUGUCAAGGAUGAUCCAAAUGUUCCAUCCCAGAUUCUGGAUCUAGCUGUUUCGUUUGCAAAAGUUGCAGAUGUUGACAGGAAUCUAGGAGACGAGGAUGUUGCAAUUGAUGAAUUUCAAGAAGGCAUAAAAUUGUUGGAAUCUUUGACGUUAAAAUCUGAAGACACUGGUCUUGAGCAACGGCGGCUUUCAGUGCUGGAGUUCCUUAAGAGUCAAAUUGCGGAGAAGCAAACCUAA